AUGGAUUUCACUGUGCGGAAAGCAUAUGCUUGCCCGAUCUGCGGUGAAUCCUUCAUCAAAUGGGGCCUAUGCCUAUCCCAUCUCCAUGCAAGUGAACCAUGCAGAUCCGCCCUCGGAGAAGAUAUCCUCCGCAAUGUGGAGCAACUCCAGGAAAUGUGCCGUGCUGCUGCCUCUGGCGAGGCCGCAGCAAAGCAGGAUGCUGCUGUGGGCACAACUGUUUCACCCGACAACUCCACCCCAGAGGCUCCCGUGACCGAGGUGGCACCCUCCACCUACGAAGCCAUGGACGGGGCUGAAGCCUCUACCUUUGAACCCCUCGGGCACACCAGCUUCGAGAUGGCUGGAAUGCCCGCCAACUACGACAACAUGAGCGGGGUAGCAACCACCAAUUUCAACAACAUGACCGGGGUCACAGGUCCCACCUUCGACACCAUGAACGCCAACAACAUGACCGGGGUCGCAGGCCCCACUUUCGACUCCAUGAACGGCAGCACCAUGAACGGCGUAGCAGGUCCCAACUUCGACGCCAUGAACGGGGUCAUGCCUUCCGUUUUCGAAGGCAUGAACGGCAUUGCGCCAAACUUUGACUCGUCCAAUUUCGAUGCCAUGAACGGCAUGAUGCCCACCAACUUCAACAUGAACGGCAUCAUGCCCUCCUCCUUUGAUGCCAUGGGCGGUGUCGCAAAUUCCUUCGAUGCCAUGGGCGCGGUGGCGCAAGGCUUCGACGGCAUGAUGGUUCCGCAGAUGAACCAGAUGAAUGUUCAGAUGAAUGCCCAGAUGAAUGCCCAGAUGAACGCGCAGCUGAACGCCCAGAUGAAUGCCCAGAUGAAUGCCCAGCUGUUGAACGCUCAAAUGAAUGCCCAGAUGUCUGCUCAGAUGUCUGCCCUUCAGAUGCAAGCCCUUCAGCAACAGCAGCUGGCUCAGCAGCAGCAGCAGCAGUACUCUCAGCAGGAAUCGUUUGUGCCCACUCCCACAGCUCCCACACCAACCCAGAACGAGGCCAAGAAGGAUGCCAAACCCUGGGCCAACUACAAAGCAUCCUCGGCUUCACAGUCACAGCACAAAGCACCAUCUAAGGCACAGUCCCAGCAAGCCGGCAACCUCUUGAAGCCGCAACCGAAGCCGGUGCCAGCACCCAAAAUCACCCCGAAAGCACCUCCCAAAGCUGCACCGAAAGCUGGUGAUGGCUUGAUGAAGGAGCUCGCAGACGCAACGCCCGCCUACACCAAGCAAAAGGCCCCACCACCACCACCGUUACCUCAGCCCAGUGCAGACGCAAAUGCGAGAGGCCUCCCCGCGUUGGACGUACGAUGCGUCGCUAGGCUCCGUCGUGCCCUGCAGUGUGGCUAUCUGACUCUCAUGGAACGAUCCACCCUCUCCGAGAAGUUGGAGGAAUUAGCUACCUAUGCUCCCUCGAAGCAGCUCGCAACGGUCAAGAAGUUCCUGAGUCCGAGCUACGAGGAUUUCAGAUGGAUUAGUAGCAAGGCAGAAUGGCUUCAACGCUGCCUGAACUACACCCGGGCUGGCGGUGAGAACUACAAGCACAAAGGCACAAAGUCCGCCUCGGAGGAAGCUCUUGUGAAAGCUUUAGCAGAUCACGGGUUGCUUCCUUUUGCCAUCGACGAAGGGUGCUGGAGCACCUUUGGUCUCUUGCCGCCCUUGUUGCAAGAGAAUGUGGUAAGGGCAGUGCGCCACGGCUUGUUUCUAUCUUCCACACUGCAGCCGUCGGAACACUUCGUGCACAUCUGCGUAAAUGAGGAGGUCAUCUACAAUUUGGAGGCGAAGCCUGUGCCAAACGAUAUGCCGACUCCAGAGCAAGCGGGCAUGGAAAGCAUCGACCAAACGCUGUACCACCAGCUCCGACAAUAUAUCCUUUUCCAGCAUCGGAAUUCAGAAGAUCGGUGCUUACGGCUGCUAGCUGAGAGUGGACCAAUCUUGCCGGGGACACCCAACAGCCUUCUCUAUGUGCACAUGGCCACGUCCGAUGAGCGAAUGAAGGGAUCAGCAGAGGUGCUGUCCCUGCUCCAUGCAGCUUCUGCCUGCGGCCUCUCGCGACUAUGUGCUCGGUUCCUUGCGGAGGGCUUACCUGCCAGUGAGGCUACGGGGAACGAGUUGGCCACACCUCUUCAUCUCGCAGCAGGGCGCGGGGCCCUGGAGUCUGUGAAGGUCCUGAUCAGGGCGAAGGCGGAUGUGCUGAUGAAGGACUCGCUCGGUCGCACGCCAAUGUACUAUGCAGUUACGGCUGCGCAGGAGGAUGCAGCAACUCCGGCACAGGAGUCGCAGCACCAACUGCAUUUGCAGGUGUGCCAGCAGCUCUUGAAUGGCGUCUUGCGAGUUGCACGGGAAGGCCGGGAGUGGGACACGGAGGAGAGUGGCGAGCUUGAGAGAUUCGCAGAGGAGAAGCAUCACUGGCC